CUUUUUUCUUCUGGCUGGCUGAGCAUUUUUAAAAUCAUGCAACAUGAAUUUAACUAACAGCACUGGAGCAGAGGGUCUCGCGCCCUGGAACUUCAACGGCUCGUUGAGCAACGUAUCCAGUGAUGCCAACUUCAGUUGUGACAGCGGCAGCACCAAUGGCUCAUGUGUAGCGGUUGAGGCAGACGGCGACAGCCCCUACAAGACGGUGGAGAUGGUCUUCAUCGCACUGGUCACAGGAUCCCUCAGUUUUGUCACCGUUGUGGGCAACAUCCUCGUCAUGCUCUCAAUAAAGGUCAAUCGACAUCUCCAGACCGUCAACAACUACUUCCUCUUCAGCCUGGCCUGUGCAGAUCUCAUCAUCGGUGUGUUCUCCAUGAACCUUUACACCGUCUACAUCAUCAAGGGCUACUGGCCGCUCGGCCCUGUUGUGUGUGACCUGUGGCUCGCGCUGGAUUACGUGGUCAGCAACGCUUCUGUCAUGAACCUGUUAAUCAUCAGCUUCGACCGAUACUUCUGUGUGACCAAACCCCUGAGUUAUCCCACACGCAGAACCACCAAGAUGGCCGGCCUCAUGAUCGCCUCCGCCUGGAUCCUGUCUUUCAUCCUGUGGGCUCCCGCUAUCCUGUUCUGGCAGUUCAUCGUCGGAGAACGGACCGUAGCGCCUGGCGAAUGUUACAUCCAGUUCCUUUCCAACCCCGCGGUCACGUUCGGCACGGCCAUCGCUGCGUUCUACCUGCCAGUGGUCAUCAUGACGGUGCUUUAUGUGCACAUCUCUCUGGCCAGCCGCAGCCGUGUGUCCAAGCAGAAGCCUGAGGCCAAGAAGGAGAAGAAAGGCCCGAAGUCUAGUGGGCUACUCAAGAGUAACAUCUUAAAGCAGAACAACAACAACCAGUCUCCUCCUAAGCCCAGCCUGGAUACCUGUUCUACGGUGGACACCAUGAAGAACGGCAAACUAGAUGAGUCUGUGGUGUCCGCUAAAGCCGACUCCUGCGUGCAGCCAGAGGAGAAGGAGAGCUCAAAUGAGUCCAGCACGGCCAGCAUAGCACCUAAAGAGCCUAAAGAACGAGCGAACAGUGAGGCGACUUCAGAGGCCGGUCUGACACCCGCUCCGGCAGCCGCCCCUAAAGUCAACCCUCAAUCCAAAUGGUCCAAGAUCAAGAUAGUCACCAAACAAGCAGGAGACGAGUGCAUCACAGCCAUCGAGAUCGUCCCACCAAACAGUACCGGCGAGAGGCGCUCCAUCCCCGUGAGCCGUCCCCGCACGGUGGUGCGCAAGUUUGCCAGCAUCGCCCGCAGCCAGGUGAAGAGGAAAAGGCAGAUGGCGGCACGAGAGAAGAAAGUGACAAAGACAAUCUUCGCCAUCCUGCUGGCCUUUAUUAUCACAUGGACGCCAUACAAUGUGAUGGUUUUAAUCAGCACGUUCUGCCAUUCGUGCGUUCCAGACACAGUCUGGGCCAUUGGCUACUGGCUCUGCUACGUCAACAGCACCAUCAACCCCGCUUGCUAUGCACUCUGUAACGCCACCUUCAAAAAGACCUUCAAAAACCUGCUCAUGUGCCAGUAUAAGAACAUCGGCACCAGAUGAACUAAGGGAAGAAGCAGCCAGCGGAGAUGGAGGGUAUGAUAUGGAAGGUACAAUGGCUGUCCCGGCUCUUCUGGCCCUGAUACCUUUGAAACUUUGGAAGGCACUGUGCAGUACAUUGUGAGGCUUCAUAGUCCCAUAACGCUGAAACAGUGUGUCAUAACCAAAAGUUUAUGUUUUAAGGAAUCAGUGUUUACAAGAAGAUGAUGGAACAAUGGACAAGAGACUGAAUCACUGAAGAAAUCAAGCUGAGGUCAUGAAGCAAAUGACUUUUCCAGUAAUCUGAUCAUUGCUGCACUGCUAAGACCACUGGAAUUUUGCAGUACAGUAAUGUGAAGAUGACAUUGCUUUAGAGAGGACAGUCAUGGCUCAUUAUUCCCAAAAGUGAAGAGAGAGAAUCGCAGCAAAUAUAACCCAAAAGAGACUUGAUGAAUUACAGGAUUUUAUUGAUUCACUUAAAUUCCCAGUACAGCACAAAUGGUAUCAAUCAAGUCCUUUUGGUUAGUAUUAACACUGUUUCUGACCCAGACUUCUGUGACAGGAUGCAGAUUCGUCAUACAGAGGUGAAGAAGAUGUGAUUGGAGAACAUAUCACAACCAGAACCGAUAACAUAUGGAAAAGCUUCCUGUUUGACUGUCCCAGAAAGCAUAGUUCUCCCGAGUGAG